AUUCAUAUAUACUUGUAAUCUAUCAAAAUAACAUUUCGCGUCAAUAUUAGUAAAACAGAAUUGUAAGGAAUCCUCUACAGUAAUUACGGUAAUUAGCAACACCUAGAGGUAAACCGGAAAUACAGACUGAUCGAGAGAAAUGGCUACCUCUCCCACGAACACUCUGACUCCGAAAAAGAAGGAGGAGUCGUUUCUUGAUAAGCUAGGAGGGACUCUGGCUAGGAAGAAAAAAGCUAAAGAAGUGAGUGAGCUUCAAGAGGAGGGAAAACAUGCUAUUGAAUCCCCCACCAGCCCGACAGUGCCAGACAUUGGCCCGGAGGGAUACACACUGGAUGAAAAUGAGGAGAGAUCAAUGAUAGAACCACAGUCUAGAGACGAUCCAAAAGUCAGAGAACUGAUUAAGAUGUUGCUGGACUGGAUUAAUGAUGUUUUAGCAGACGACCGGAUCAUCGUCAAGGACAUUGAGGAAGACUUAUUUGAUGGACAAAUUCUCCAAAAGUUGAUUGAGAAGCUGGCUGGGUUGAGAGUUGAAGUUCCAGAGGUCACACAGUCUGAACAAGGCCAGAAACAGAAACUACAGAUCAUAUUGACAGUCAUCAACCGAAUUCUACAUCAGAGUCCACCAUGGACCCAGAGUAAAUGGAGCGUGGACAGUGUCCACUCUAAAAAUCUGGUAGCCAUUCUUCACCUCCUGGUUGCCUUGGCAAGACAUUUCAGAGCACCAAUCAGAUUGCCAGAAAAUGUUUCUGUGAACUUGGUCGUCGUCACGAAGCGAGAUGGAAUGUUACAGCCCAGACGAGUGGCCGAGGACAUCACCACCGUUAAUGAAGAUAUUGGAGCCAGAUUUGAGAGGGAUGCCUUUGACACGCUCUUUGAUCAUGCUCCAGACAAAUUGAAUCUCGUCAAAAAGACUCUGGUGACGUUCGUCAAUAAACAGUUGAUGAAAAUCAAUUUAGAGGUUGCGGAUAUUGAAUCUCAGUUCCAUGACGGAGUACACCUGGUUUUGUUGAUGGGGCUCCUAGAGGGGUAUUUCGUUCCUCUGUAUGACUUUCACCUCACGCCUGUAGACUUUGAUCAAAAGGUCCAUAAUGUGAAUUUUGCCUUCGAGUUGAUGCAGGACGCUGGACUGGCCAAGCCGAAAGCCAGGCCCGAAGAUGUUGUCAACCAGGAUUUGAAGUCUACCCUUAGAGUUCUGUACAACAUAUUCACCAAGUACAAAGGAAGGAAUGAGUUGAUUGCCCGGUACAUAAAGCUGCGGACGGGGAAAACUCGGACACGGAAACAAGUGUCCAGUCACAUCCAAGUCCUGGCCCGACGGAAAGCCAAAGAAAUUCAGGCACAACUCAAGUCCAUUCCGAUGCAGGACCAGGCCGCCAAAGACAAAGCCCUCCAGAGUAUGGCCUCCAUGUCCUCCGCCCAAAUUGUCUCCGCUAGUGCUAUACACAACAAGGCCAUCGCCCAGGGUAUCCCGAUGCCCAACAUGGGCAGUGUGCGGCCUUCCUACCCGGGCGGACCCAGCGGGUCACAGUUCUGGCAAAAUAAUAUGGGCCCACAAGAAGAUGUGAAGCCCCAGUUUGGUAACUAUAAUUCUGAUGUGAAGCCCCCUACGUCAAUGAACAAUGAAUCUAUGCCCCCUGCAUGGCAGGGACGAUCAAUCGCGGGCCCUAAACUCCGCCUAGUGGAAUUCACAGCAUUCCUAGAACAAACAAGAGAUCCCGAUACCUUUCACAAACACCUGUUCGUCCACAUUGGUUCCAAUGCCAGCUAUUCUGACCCACCACUAGAGGCAGUAGACAUCCGGCAGAUUUACGACAAAUUUCCGGAGAAGAAGGGCGGGCUGAAGGAAUUAUAUGACAAGGGACCUCAAUCGGCUUUCUUCCUUGUCAAGUUCUGGGCGGACAUCAACACAAAUGUGCAAGACGAGACGGGGACGUUUUACGGAGUCACAAGUCAAUAUGAAAGUGGUGAGAAUAUGGCAAUAACGUGCUCCACCAAAGUGUGUUCAUUUGGAAAACAAGUUGUGGAAAAAGUGGAGACUGAGUUUCCCCGGUUUGAAAACGGCCGAUACGUGUACCGCAUCAACAGAUCGCCAAUGUGUGAAUACAUGAUCAACUUUAUACACAAACUUAAACACCUCCCAGAGAAAUACAUGAUGAACAGUGUGCUUGAAAACUUCACCAUUUUACAGGUUGUCAGCAAUCGGGAUACACAGGAAACUUUAAUGUGCAUAUCGUACGUGUUCGAAGUCUCGACGAGUGAGCAUGGCGCUCAGCACCACAUAUACCGCUUGGUAAAAGACUAACCCCACCCACACAAAAUGCUAUAAAUAGCCUCAGCAUCUAGUGCCACAAGGAGAAGUUGCCCACAGAAUGUGCCACACCCCCUCAUCUCGGCUCUUCCAUCUGAAUGGGCGAUUUCCCACCGCCCACGUCAUAAUGUCAAAGUUUGUACACAUGGCAGCUCAGAGAAAGAACUACUGGUUAAGAACUGCUAUUUUAUUGUUUGAAAGAUUUCAUAUUCAUCUGUUGUAAAAUCAUAUAUUUUUUUAUACAUAUGCAAAUCUAUUUAUUGUUUAUAAGGAAAAAUGACAUCAUUACUGUACGGCUGAUUUUAGCUCUGGCAUUGCAAUUUUCAUGCGAUAUUUUUACAACAAAAAUGUUUUGAUUCUUAAAUGUUUCGCCGUUUAAGAUUUCUUUUUUAUUAAGGUUUCAUUUAGACCCGAUCCUUGAUUGUAUGAACAACUUGCUGACUGAAUUUGUCAUCCUUUUUAUGUCCACAUUUAUUUACGUUUGAUAUUGUUCAUGCUCUAUAACCAUUAAUAGGGAAGCCUGCUAUCUUCAUUUUCAGUCUAUUUGAUUUUUAAUUUCACACAGUGCAAGAGCUGCUGAGAAAAGUACUAUUUUAUCAUUGCAUCUAACCAGGGUUGUUUUAGAAUUGCAAAAUUAUAUCAAAGAAAUCAUUUUGUAAAUGUUGUAAAACCAUUGUAACAGAUUGUAUUUGAUUAUAUAUAAUACUGCUUAUGUAAUGCACAGUUACAAAGUUUAUACAAUACCCAUACCAUAUUGCAGAGAAUUGUUGUACCGUAUAAGCAGAAUUUUUAGUGAGGAUUUAAUUUGGGCAUUAUUAACGAGGGUGUUGAGAUCACUAAAAUUGAAUAUCGCUAACAACUUAUUUCACAUCAUAGGUAAUAGUUAUCUUUCUUGGAAUUAUAAAGUCGCUGAAAUCCGCUCUUGCUGAAUAUAUAUGCCCAUUUUUAUGGGAAAUUUGCAAAAUAUGCUUUUCACUAGAAAUUCCACGUAUACGGUAUAUGGACUUGUAAGCUAUGAAAAUAUGAAUUUUAAAUGAUAACACGUAUAAAAACUGUCCGUUCUGUAGGGCUUCUGAUGAUAGAAUUCUUUCAUGCCAAAUCAAAGUGUGCUUGGGGACGGGGUAGAAGACUGUGUGAAAAAGGGAGUGUGAGCCGUUGAUGCCUUAAAUAUGAUAAUGUUUAUGUUGUACCAUGUUGAUCCGCUGUUAUGGAGGGGGAUUUUUUUUAUAAAGUAGGUCGUUAAUUUUUGGUGUGUGUUUCAUUGUUGAUUUUAUAUUUACAUGACAAUAUUUUUUUUUAAAUUGGAAGUUGUAAAUUUUAUGAAAUGGUUGAAAAUUUCUUGUUAAGAUUUUUAAAAAAUAUUUUUUGAUGGAGACUGUGUUUUAGGUUGUUAAAGGUCAAAGGUUGUAACAGGAAUGGGGAUGUGAUUUUGUUACGCAAGGGCAGUUUCAUUUGUGAUUCAUAAAUCAACAACCUAUUGGGUAGUAACAGAUAGAUGAAGGGCUUUAAUUUACUGCAUGGGUUUAAGAAUUGAAGGUUAGGGGUUUAAGUAGGGACAAACGAUGCUAAAAGUACCUAUUGGAAUUUUUGUGUGCACAGUUCACACUUCUCACAGAGGGAGAUGGAUUUUGAGACUUCAUGAGUAGGGAGAAUUCAUUAUUUUGCAUUUCUGUACAGAGGAGGUGCUGUUGUUAAGAGUGAUGAGCAUUUUAAAAAUUUUUUUCAACUUUGAUCUCAGAUGUGUAUUAUAUCUCACCUUGCAUUUGUACAUUACUGCAUUCAAACUUCACACACAUGCAAACAUUUAAUGUAGAAUUAGUUUUCUGUGAAUAUAUUUAUACUUGUACAACUAUGCAUGAUGUCCCCCAACGUGUGUCCAUAGGAUAACUCUAUACUGAAUUUGUUAAGCAUGUUUUUUGCAUGUUUGAAGUCUUACUUUUUGUUCUUGUAUAAAUACAUGUUUCUGUGUAUACCCACACACCCCUGCCGAUGGAGUGAUAAGAGGAGUUAAUUAUCCUAAAUUUUAACCAUUUUUAAACUAUAUCUCUCUUUUUCUCUUUUUUUCUACUUUGUCAUACCGUAUAAGCAGACUUUUGCAGCGAGGAUUCAAUUUUGGCAUUUUAGCGAGAGUGAUGAGAUCACUAAUAUUGAAUAUCGCUAACAAUUUAUUGCAUAUCGUAGGUGAUAGUUAUCUUUAAUGAAAUUAUAAAGUUGCUAAAAUUAACUCUCGCUAAAGUUAUGUACCCAAUUUUAUAGAAAAAUGGCUAAAGCUGUGUCUCGCUUAAAAUCCCACUUGUACAGUACUAGGAAUUUAUGAACAUAUAUAUCCUAAAGAUGAUUGUUUUCUGUGUUUUGAUGAACGACAUAUCUUGAUCUUGCCUUUUACCAAAACAGUAGAUUUUCUUAUGCUGUUGUUUGGGACUUUUCCUAUGCAAAUUAAAAUCAGUCUUUUGGGGUUUCUUCAUUCUUGUGCGUGAAGAACUGUAAAAGCACGAGAGACAAUACGGAUAAGAAUUCAGAUAUAAGGUUACUCUUUUAUGUCUGGAGGUAAAAAAGAAUGCAGCCUCUUUUUGUACUAACCAUGAUCAUUCUUAUAAUAUUGACUUUUGAAUCGUCAUAAUUUUAUAUGUAAGAACAUUAAGACUCUAAAUACCAGUGAAAAAUUGGAGUGAAAAAUGGAUGUCAUAAAAAAAAAUUAAGAUAAAGUAUGAGAUCAGUGAUUUGGUGCAUUUUAUUAUAGCAGAUAUAUUUUUUGUGUAUUUAUGAUAAGAUAUAUGUAUAUGCAGAGUUUUGAACCUCCCACCAAUUUGACUAGUGCCUUUUGUAAACUUGCGUCCUAUUUGCACUGGUGAUACCAAAUAUCUCAAACUUAAAAUGACAGAGUAGAGGAUUUUGUUGUUUUUGGGUGGUUGUUAUUUUAUUAUUUUUUUAAAAGACAAGAAAUAAAAUGGAGGAUUUUCAUGAAAAAUGUAUUUGACAAGAAAAUCAUGAGUUGUAAAAGAUAUGUGUAAUAUUGAGAAGAUGUGAACAAUACUGAUGGAGACUAGUGUAUGAUGUUUAUGAAGUCGUGAUCAAAGAUGAUUUUGUCAUAGACAAAAAAAAAAGGUAUUACUUUUGACCAUGAUGAAAUAUCUCUCCACCUUGAUUUAUUCCACAUGUGGAACUGGUGCAUUGUUCAAGGUGACUUACACUGUUUUUAUUGGAAUUUGUGACAUCUUUUUAUUUUUAUUUGACUGCUAAAUUCGAAUUGUACUAUACUGUAGUCAAUAUGUUUGUACUGAAAGCUGUAUAAUGUUUAUGCUUCGUUGGAGAAUGGUUUUAUUUACCUGAUUAAACAGGUAAUGUUUUUGUAUAAAAUGAAGAAAAAUACCAAUAAUAAAACAAUGAGAUAUACA